CUUUGCCGGCAUAAGCCGUCCACAAAACCCUACUAUUUAUUUCCGAAUCUUCACCUUCAACUUUCAGCAUCCCAAUUCUCCAAAACACUCGUAUACUCUCUCUCUCUCUCUCUCUCUCUCUGAACAUCAUGGUCCGGUUCAUUAGUAUUGUCUACUUCCUCCUCUUCAUGAUACCUCUGUUCUAUGUUCUUAAGUUCUUGUCCAGAACAUCUUUGCUUCACAUGGUCGUCAAGUCAUGGCAAUCCUUAAUCGACAGGUUUCAUGUUUAUCAGUUCUACAAGGUGCCUCAGUUCAACCAGAACUUCCAAGAGAACCAACUUUACCGGAAAAUCUCUCUCUACCUUAACUCCCUUCCCAAUAUUGAAGACUCCGACUUCACCAACCUCUUCUCUGGCUCCAAAUCCAACGACAUCUUCUUCCAACACGACAACAACCACUCCGUACGCGACAUCUUCCUCAGCGCCAAGGUUUCCUGGACCAACGAGAAAUCUGAUGUCGAUGGAAUCCGGUCCUACGUUUUGAGAAUCAAGAAGACAGACAAGAGACGGGUUUUCCGGCAGUACUUUCAGCACAUACUGACAGUGUCCGAUGAGAUUGGGCAGCGUAACAAGGAGAUCAAGCUGUACAUGAAUCUCGCCACCGAAAACGAAAGGUGGAGAUCAGUCCCCUUCACCCACCCGGCAACCUUGGACACGGUCGUCAUGGACACGGAGCUCAAGAACAAGGUCCGGUCUGAUCUAGAAACAUUCUUAAAAUCCAAGCAAUAUUACCACAGACUCGGUCGUGUCUGGAAGCGAAGCUUUCUACUCUACGGUCAGUCCGGGACCGGAAAAACCAGUUUCAUCGCCGCCAUGGCUAGAUUCUUAUCGUACGACGUGUAUGACAUCGACAUGUCCAAAGUUGCCAAUGAUUCCGACCUGAAAAUGCUCCUGUUACAAACCUCGCCAAAGUCGUUGAUUGCUGUCGAAGAUCUCGACCGUUUUUUGAUGGAGAAAACGACAAAACCAACGGCGGUGAGCCUCUCGGGGCUGCUGAACUUCAUGGACGGAAUAGUCUCCAGUUGCGGCGAGGAGAGAGUAUUGGUUUUCACCAUGAACGGAAAAGAACACGUGGACCAACUAGUCAUGCGGCCGGGCCGGGUCGACGUCCAUAUCCAUUUCCCGCUCUGCGAUUUCUCGGCGUUCAAAAGCUUGGCCAACACGUAUUUAGGGGUGAAAGAGCACAAGCUGUUUCCUCAGGUAGAGGAGAUGUUUCAGAGCGGCGGGAGUUUAAGUCCGGCGGAGAUCGGAGAGAUCAUGAUAUCCAACCGGAGCUCGCCGACCCGGGCGUUGAAGUCGGUGAUAUCGGCGUUGCAGACGGAUGUGGAUAACAAGACGACGGUGAAGGUGGCACAGGCGUUGACGAAUAGCGGGUCGGGUCGGUCGGUUGGUGGGGACGAGUCGGGUGAGCCCGGGACGGUGUUUUGUAGGGAGAGUGUUCAUACGGUGAGAGAAUUUAGGAAGUUGUAUGGGCUUUUGAGAUUGGGGAGUAGGAGAAAGGAGGAGCCGCCGGUGCCGUUGGAUAGAAGUUCGUCGGAGAAAGAAGGAUCACGGCAUGAAAGAAUGAUCGUGUAAUUUUUUUUUCGGUUUCUAAUUAGUUUUAAUAUCUAUUCUCAUUGAAAGCUCAUUCUCAUUACAUCAACUCUUGUAAAAUAACCUCAUAAAUGAGAAUUUUUUCAUUUAUUAUCAACAUUUUUAAUAGUGAAAACACUAAUUUGUAAUGACAACAUGUAUAAAUGUAUAAUAGACGCACUAAAAGUG